UUGUUCUAGUAAAACAAUAUCUUAGCAACCAUGUUGAGUGUACAUUUCAAAAGACCUGGUGCAAUAUGAGAAGUUUCUGUUUUCCUUGUAACCACAGCCUGAAGCUCUUACUGAGGAAAAAAUACAUGGAGAGAGAGAGAGAAAGUUAACCCAUGUUCAAAAUAAUGUAGCUUAUUACCUUGGAAUUUUCCCCCAGCGAUGGAAUCUGAUGUGGCUGAUCACAUGACUCGUCUGAAGCUCAAACUCCUUGAAAAGAAAUUAGAAAAUGAAUGUGAAAACUUGAACAACUCUGAAUCACCCUUUACAAGGAAUUAUGACAAUUAUGGCUACGCCUUACAAAGCGCACUGAGAAGAAGGAAAGACCUUUUACAGCAGCUCAGAGAACAAAAUCUUUUGGAAGAGAUUUCAGUACCACAAUGUUUACCAAGAAUUCAUAAAAAACCCUUGAAGCCACAUCAUAUCUACCAAAUUCCUCUGCCUCCUCCUUCUCCUCCUCCUCUUCCUCCUCCUCCUCUUCUUCCUCCCCCUCCCCCUCAACAACCAAGAAUUAUACAGCAAACAUUACCACAGCAACCAGCAACCAUAAUUCAACAAAUACCUUCAUAUCAGCCACCACUCAUUACACAGAUUGCAUCGCCACAGUCCUUUUCAGUACCCAGGUCUGGGAGUAUUAAAGAAGAUAUGGUAGAAAUGAUGCUAAUGCAAAAUGCACAGAUGCAUCAAAUCAUUAUGCAGAACAUGAUGCUGAAAUCAUUACCACCAACAUAUUCACCAACUAGUGGGUACGGGGUCCCUAUGCUUCAACAAGGACAACAGCUUACUGCUCCUAUUCCAACAAGAGUGGAGAAAUCACGACCAUCAACUGUACACCACCAUCACUAUACAUCUUUAGGAGCACCAGUUAUUCCUUCUCAAAGUGGCUUCCCUAUGUGGCCAUUAGUUCUGCAACCUGGUCAUAGCCCACAACUGGAAGGUUUCCCAUCUGAAGUACAUAAUCUACCCAUUCCAGUUAAUGCAUCACACAUUAUGCCACCUCACAGACUGCUUGGAUUACCUUCGGGUUUGUAGAUUCCAUAGCAACAAUCUAGAAAAGGUGGCUUCCAAAGGGGCAAUGAGUACCUAAUUAAAAGCAUUGGAGGUCUCUCAUCUGAUACUUCACUUCACUGCAGAGAGACAGAAAUUAUGCCCAUUUGCUGAGAACAUAGGGUUUGCAGUGAGCAUAAAAUUUCCACCUGAUGCAACAGUCUUAUGCAUCAAUUCUAUUUGAGCUAUACUACGUGAUAAAUAUUGUGCACCAUAUCCUGUUCAUUCACAGACAUGAAAGAGGAGGAAGAAUGCCAUGGGAAAAUAAGGAAAAGUGCGAGCAUCCAUGGCCAUACUGGAAGCUAUGAGUUACAUAGCAGCAGUUGUAUGGUAAUAAUUGGGAAGUGAUGGAGACGCCUUUGUGCAUUGUUCAAUCUACCUAACAAAAUUUUAAAAAGGACGUCAACAACAGAGCCUUUCACUGCAAGGUGUCUUCAGGAAUGGUCCAACUAGGAGUUGAUGGAAGAUCACUGCUCUAAUUACCCACCAAAAGGAAAGGGGGGGGGGUAGCAUGGAGCACAGUGGCACAAAUCUUCUCAAACAGUGGAAAUAAUGUUUGGUCAUACAAAGAGAGUGAUAAAAGUAAGUUAGCCAGAACUUUUGUAAAAGUGCAUUGACUAGGGCAUAAGGCUUGGAAUCAGGAGCAGCAAAACAAACUCUAUGAGAACAGGAAGAAAAUAGUUGUGAUUUAGCUAACAAUAGUGUCAUUAUAUGCAAAACAAAAGGGGGCCCAGAAAUCAAAACUAUUGUGCUGAAUGUUCACAAAGAAAUUCUUAUAUUGCAAAAUAAUAGAGAAGCUAUGUGGCACUGAUCAUCCCUUUUCUUUUGUGCACAUUAAAUAAUUCUGGAUUAUAUGUGCAUAAUGUCCAAA